AUGACUGCCACUAUUGCAGCAAUCGCCCGGGCGUGGGCUUUAAGGUGGCUUGGCCCGCGAACCCCUCCAAGCCCUCCAAGCCCUCCAAGCCCAGCACCAGAGUGUUCCGGCAUCGUUGUCGUGGCUGAUAUACCGCCAGUACCACCCAUCCGCAUACCCCCAGAACCAUCCUUCUACCCUCCGGAUGCCUUCCCAGUGCCAAUCGUCCGCUCUCGUGGCUCCUUGGACGUGCUUGAGUCCAUCUCUGAUUCCACCUCCAGCAGCCUCCGCCAUCGCCUCCAGCGCAGUGAUCCGCUGCGGGCCAUAACUAUUGGCCACUCUGCAGACUGCGGCUGCCAAGUUUGCGCCAAUCGCCGGUAUAACCUAAUGAAUCCGAUGGAGCGAGGCGAAGUCUGA